AUACAAUAUAAUGCGUUCCUGAGAAUGUUCCUGUGGCUUUGGGCACCCUGGCAGCCAUUUGUCUGGCUCCAGCCUUCAAAUGGAGUGGACUCCUGCACAGAGUCCAAAAGGGAAUACCCUGCACCAUGCCAUUGGAUAUGUUCUGCUUGUGGCACAAUUCUUUGGCGUGCUGCCGCUCUCCGGAGUGGAACCAUCUUCUCCGGUGGCCAGUGUUCGCUUUCGCUGGUUCUCUCCGUUGAAUCUGCUACCCUUAGCUGUGCUUUGCUUUGUUGUCCUGGAUUUCGUGCUGUCGGCAAAGCUUGUGAUACACAAUGGGCUCAAGCUGUAUACCAUAGGAUCUCUGAGUUUUAGUAUAAUUUGUAUUUUCUGCUUUGGAGCGUUUCUGCUGCUUGCACCACGCUGGCCACACAUCAUCCGACGAACAACGGAGUGCGAGCGAGUCUUUCAACAGUCCUGCUACGAUUGCUCCAUUGGCCGUCGCUUCAGCCAACGUCUGCACCGCUGGGCCAUCGUUCUGCUGGUGACUGCCCUGUGCGAGCAUCUCACCUACGUGGGCAGCGCUGUGUGGAGCAACUUCAAGCAGAUACGCGAUUGCCAUUUAGACAUUGACUUCUGGGAGAACUACUUCCUGCGCGAGCGCCAGGAACUGUUCUCCACUUUGCCCUACAACACGUUGUUCGCGCUGUAUGUGGAGUGGUGCACCCUCUCCAUGACAUUUGUGUGGAACUUUGGGGACAUAUUUCUGAUUCUGAUUUGUCGCGGCAUGCAGAUACGUUUUCAGCAGCUACACUGGCGCAUCCGGCGGCAUAUUGGCCGGAGCAUGAGUGACGAGUUCUGGCAAGAGGUGCGCUGUGAUCUCUUGGAUCUGAACGAUCUGCUCAAGCUGUACGACAAGGAACUGUCUGGCUUGGUGCUCGUCUCCUGCGCCCACAACAUGUAUUUUAUUUGUGUUCAAAUCUAUCAUAGCUUUCAAGUCAAAGGAGAAUUCUUGGAUGAGGUUUACUUUUGGUUCUGUCUGCUUUACGUUGUCAGUCGCGCCGUAAGUAUGAUGCUUGCUGCCUCCUCCAUUCCCCAAGAGGCCAAGCAAAUCACCUACACGCUCGAUGAGGCCCCCACAAGCUGCUGGAGCAAAGAACUGGAACGCCUGAGCGAGAUAAUGCGCAAUGAGAGCUUUGCACUCACAGGAAAGGGCUACUUUGUGCUCACCCGCAGGCUGAUCUUUGCGAUGUCUGCCACUUUGAUGGUCUACGAGUUGGUUCUAAUCAACCAAAUGGAGGGCGAAGAGGUGCAAAGGAGCAUUUGCAGUCGCGGUGCUGGCUCCUCCAUGAGCAUUUUCUUCUCGUAAUUCCCUACCAGCAGUUCCUGUUUCCUUUG